AUGGGCAAGCGUGCUGGCGCCAAGCCGGGCGGCGCGCAGAACCGCUCCGCCGGCGGCGGAUUGCCGAAGCGAAAGCCGCGAGGUGGACAGGGUGGUGGCUACAAAGCAGAAGACUUCCAGGAUUUGGUGUCUCAACUGAAGCCUCUGGGCCUUGCGGUGCUGAAGAUGGAUGCGGAUGGGAACUGUUUGUUCCGCUCGGUGGCCGAUCAGCUGUGCGGCGAUGCCAACGAACAUCAGAGCUAUCGCGAGCGAUGCUGCGAACAUAUGCUGGACCACGCGGAGGAGUUUAGCCUUUUCUACGUGGCCGAUGACUUUGAAUCCAGCUGCGAUUCCUUCGAGUCCUACGUCUACAAGAUGCGACGGCCAGGGACCUGGGGCUCCCAGCUGGAGCUGAUGGCACUCUGCCAGAGCUACGGCGUGAAUGCCAUUGUGCAUCAGUCUGGCCUGCCGUCAUACGAGAUGGUCUUCAGCCCGCAGGAGAGUCCGUGCAUGCAGAUCUCUUACCAUGACGGCGAGCACUUCAACAGUGUUAGGUUCGCUUGGGAUUUGGAGGGCCCGGUGAAGCAUUUCUCCUUGGCGCAGUUGAAGGGCAACGGUGAAAAGAUGAAAGGCUUAGUGGAGCAGGUGACCUACAGCCUUCCACCGGAGCAUGGCUUUGAUGAGACCACCAUGCGGCAGACGCUGCUGCAAGCAAAGGAAGACGUGGAUCUUGCAGUCGAGCUGCUGUUGAAGAAGAUGACCAUUGCGGAUGGGGAGGAGCCGCUCGCCUCCGAACCAGCCGAAAAAACAUCGACGGCAGCGGCCUCCGCCACGAAACCUGAAGACGGCUAUCCCAAGGAGGCAGCUCCCUCAACGGCCAGCUCGGCGCGCCCGCGGGCCGAGAAGCGACAAGAGAGGAAGGCCAAGGCUGCGGCGAAGAAGAAAGGAAAGGCCGCUGUGGAGAAAGACCCCAGUCGUGACACCGGUGAAGAUCAGGAGGCACGGCACGGCAUGGAGUCGGGGCGCUACGGCCAUGAAGCUGCUGUGCCAGCAGCUGCUCACGGUGUGAGCUUCGCAUCGCUUCGCAUCGCUGGCAGCCUGGCUUCACAACAAGUGGCCGAGCUGCAUGACCUGGGUCGUUUGUUGUUCGAGCUGCUGCUUCCGUCCUCGGAGGCCGCGAAGGCGGCAGUGCAGGCGGCCAAGCAGUUGGAGGCCCUGGAAGCCGUGAGGCCGGCGGAGCUUUUCCAACGCCUGGGCGUCCCCGGCUGCGACGCCUCCGCCGCGUGGCCGCAGGCGGCGGCGCACGACGCGGCGGUCACGGCGCUGCAGUGCGUCCUGGCUGAGGCGGCGGGGACGCAGCCGCCGCCGGGGAUGACCAAUGUGGCAGGCAUGCUGUUGCAUCAGUGCCAGCGCUCCAGACAUGUGGAAGGCGCCUCCUUUAGCGGCAUCGAAGUGGCCUUUGAUUGCAGCUUUUCGAGCCAGUUGGACGUUCAGUCGCUGUCCGUGGAGCGUCGCUUCUGGCGCUUUCCACCGAUGGCCGUGGGCCAUGCGCUGGGCCCCUGGCCGGUGGGGCGGCAGCACCAGGUGGAGCUCUUCGUGCAACUUGUGCCGGAUCGGAGGUUAUGCUCCAGCAUUGGUCGAACCCACUUUGAGCUUUGGCCCCUGCAAGAUGCGUAUCGCGAAGGCAGUUGGUUCUGGCGAACCGAAAAGCAGGCCUUGCGCUUGGUGCCGCUGUCACAGAAUCCCAUCCUCGUGGAUGGCAAGAAAGUUGCAUACCCGUCGGAAGAGGAAGUUUUGAUCUUCGAUGGAUCCAAAGUGAGCUUCAGCUUCCAAGACGAGGUCUUCCUGACCCUUCAAUUCCUCCUGGGCCCAAGCAUCGAAGCCGCCAUGGCGCGAGCCAAGUCGGAGGGAGCCGCAGAGCCUAAGGAGAGUCCGGUGGCCAGCUAUGUCUUGCAAUGCGAGGAGCUUUUAGGUGAAUCGGUCGACGACUUUUCCAAAGAGGAUCGCCGCAUCCCACUGCUGGCUGAAGGUGCCAACUUCAUUGGCCGCAUGAGUCACCCAGGUUAUUUUGACAAGCUGCAAAGGGGAGCGCCUCAAGGAAGGCCGUUCUUGCCUUUCGUCUCCAGACGGCAUCUUCAGGUGACGGCCUCGCCCUACGAUUCCUCUGAGCCGCCCAACAAGCAAUGCUUCGAAGUGGUCAACUGGAGCAACAACCCCAUCUCCGUGGCGGGACAUCGCCUGGAGGAAGGGCAGAAACGCAUGGCGCAGGUGGGAGACACCAUCGAACUGCUUGGGGAGGAUGGACGAGGCGGAGUUGCCCCGUACUUAAUCUUCCGUCUGCUGUGGCUGGGUGCCGGGCGUUCCAACCUGUCGCUCGCGAGUCGCAGUACGCUGCUGCCGGCGGGCGCCAUCUUCAAAGAUCGCUUCAAGGCAGAUGGUCAGCGGGAGCCGUUCGGAGCUCGUCCGGCUCGUCCGCCAUUUCAGCUAAUCCUGGCUGGAACUGCCGUGGUGAAGGGCCUCCCACAGUCCUGGCGCGUGGUGGAUGGGCUGUCCACAGGACUCACUGUGGGCCGAGCACACCAGCGGGAAUUGCAUGAGAAAGCGUUGGUGGAAGGAGUCCUGGAGUACAUCAGCCGGGACCAUUUCUCGAUCAAGGCUGCGAAGGAUGGGAACUUCUCAGUGGUGCCAUUGAGUCAGAAUCCCAUGUGGCACUCGAGGGGCGGAAGGCUACAAUUGUUGCAGCCGGGUCAUCUCCCAGUACGCUUGCAACACGCAGAUGUGCUGGUGCUGUACACAGGCGCAGAUGAUGCGACUCAUCCAGAUGGCCCGGGGAGUCAUGGAAGUCUUCAGUGGAUCUUCAAAAUCACCACGGGUCCCUGAGAAGCGCAGCUGCGAAUGGCUGCGCGGCCUCGAAAAGUGCGGGGUCGGAGGUAUAUCCUUAGAGGAUCAUCCCAGGGACCAG